AAGGACCCCUACCCAUGGUCCAAUGAUGAGCCCGCUUCCAAAUAGUGGUAAUACAUGUAAUUGCUACUCACUGCUUGCUUCCCUGCGACAAGCAACGAACACCAGGAUCGACUGAGCACGCAACUCUGCUCAUGAAGCUGUUCGUGUGAAGCCAUGAAUGGGCCACCAGUGACCCGUGCCGGUCGUCACCUCGACGCUCUCCUCAAGAACUUGUUUUAUUGUCCUGCCUGCGCGACAUGGCGGACACAGAAAGCUGCCCAGGCCACCCUACGGCGAGCUCAACGCUCCUCUAGUCGGCGACAUGCCUCGACUCUCAGCUCCCACACCGCGGUGAAUGCGCAAAAACGAAUCGCUCCGCGCUACCAAGCCUUAUAUGAUGCUCUCGGUGAUGUACGGAAGAAGGCGUCGGCACAAGUCAAUCUCAGCAGACUGCAGCUUGCACUUCAGGGCUUGGAGUCCGAGACACCCACGACGAGAGUGGCCAUCCUGGGGCUGAACGUACAAGACACGGCGCGCAGACUGGUACGCUUACUACUAGCGGAUGCACUGGAGGAUGAGGCAUCAUGGGAAAGAGAGUUGCUUGUGGGCAACGAGGACCUGAGUCAAGGACUGGUUAUUCGUUUCGGCCAGCCGCCAAACCCGAGUCUACAGCGGCCGAGGCUGUCAAUUCCAGUCUUGUACAUACCUUCCAGUGUGUUGGAGCGGAACAAUAUGGAAAUCCUGGUCUCCAGCAUCAGUGGCCUGAAACCUGGAGAGCUGUUGCAAGGUGCCCAAACUGUCCCUGCGGAUGCGUUCCUGUCACCUUCAAUCGGGACUCCUACAGCCUUCAACGGUAGACAAACAACCAUCAGCCAGCCCGUCCACAAUACUCUGUUGGUCACAAAGGGCAUGGACCAAUUGUUGUCCGCAGCUGAGCUGCUGGCCUCGACCGACUUUGCUGCGAUAGAAGAUCGCAAUGCGGUGAGAUUGGCGGUCAAUCUCGAAGAUAUAAAGGCAAACGACUCGGAACAAGUCUUGAUUCUGGACGUUGCAAAGGCGGAACAAGGCCUUGCAGCGAUCCGCAGGUCCGUGUCCGAGGCGACUACGUACGAGCAUAAAUGGGUUGAUUCAGGCAUGCCAGCAAUGUCCACUUGGUUGACAGUGGUUUCUGCAGCGAGAUCCGAUGGCCCGAUCCCGAAGGCUGUCAAAGAUCUCAUUUCAGGCUUGCUCACCAAUGCCUUGCGGAAUCUCGAGGCUCAAGCUGCUCUUGAAGCCCAGUCCAACGCAGCUAAAAGCCUGAGCAUGGCUGCCCGAAGGAAUCUGGACGAGGCCAUUGAGGCAUUCUCACGCAACGCACACGAAGAGCUACAGGCUGGUUUGGCGGCUGCUUGGAGUUCACGUAACUGGCGGAAGCUGGCAUGGUACAAGCUCUUUUGGCGAGUGGAUGAUGUGGGCUUGAUCAUCACGGAUCUGGUGACAAAUGCCUGGCUUCCUCAGACCGAGAGGGCAGUAUUUGAAUUAUGCGGCCGGCUGUCGCAGGCAGGCAUUUCGCCUAUGGAGGCUGUGCCGUCACAACAACAGCACGAAGCCUUCCCGACAACCGAACCAAGGGCUGAUGGUGUGGCUCAAACUACUCCAUCGGUGCUGCUGGCACAUGCCGACCUUGCAACGCAGACCCCUCUACAUGCAGUUGUAACCAACAAGGCUGGUGUAGCAGAGAUACAGAUGAUACCGUCGCCACAGCCAGUACCUCUUUCAAGUUCGAUCGCAACCACGCGGUCCAGGCACCUUGAAAGUGCUAUCACAGAUCUUACGGCCACAGCACAGCAGAUUGUGCUCAAGACAGUGUCAAUAACGGGUCUCACAGCUGGCCUCUCUGCAUUGACAUACAUCUCUCUUACGCCGGGAAGUCUAUACGAGGCGGGCACUAUUGUGGCGCUAGGCACGGCAUUUGCCCUGCGGCGGAUGCAGACUGAUUGGUUGAAGGCCACAAAGGCUCUGGAAGGCGGACUGUAUGAGGAAGGAAGAGACUUGAUCCGAAGGAUUGUUGUGAGGAUGAGAGAACUGGUUGAAAAUGCCAGCAGGGUUGUUGAGGAUGAAUUGGAAGUCCGGAGCCGAAAAGAAGCCCAAGAUGCUAUAACCAGGGCCAGAGACGAGCUGGACAGGCUCGAAAAGUGACACCGACUGGCUCAUUCGCGUUCAAAAGACAACACGUAACCGAGAGGUUCUAGUUUUAACUAAUUUCAAUUGCGUCGUCGGGAACGCCGCGCCUGCUUUUCAACCGGCGCCCCCAAAACUGCAUCAUGGGUAGGACUUCGUCCCGGUUCUUGGGCAUAGAAUCGUCGGCCUUCUUCCAUUGAUGAUAUGUGACGAACUCGUAGGCCGACUUGAUGCGUUUUAACGGGCUUGAGUCGGGGGACGCAAGCGGUGAAUUCGAGCCCGAGAGCACCAAUACAGGUGUUCUGUUCUUCGAAGUAAUCGCAGCAAGUGGUGUCGAGAGAGGUAGAUAACCACCAACGGAGAUGACACCACCCAAGGGAGCUGAAGACGAUAGGCAAGGAUGUAAGGGAACUGAAACAGCCACAGAGCCUCCCUGACCAAAGCCAAACAGAUGGAUGUGAUCAGGUCGAUAUCUUGAUUUCCCGAUCAAGACGUCCGCGAUGACGUCUUUGGCAACAAGUCCUACGGCGCGUGUCAAGGGAGAGUCUGGAUCGAUGGCUCCCGUUGUUGUGUCGACUUGAAGAUCUUCAGACCACUGAUCUCCAGCACCCAAAGGGAAGGGGAGUGGGAACGGAGGGUUCAGCGUGAUGGUCAGUGCAUCUGGAAGAUUGAGGGCUUUGGCAAACGAUGAGAAGUUCUUCGCUGUGUCGCCCAGUCCAGGGAGAAACAGGAUUACGUUGGUCGGAACGUUGUUGGGAGGCAAGUGAAUGACUGGACUCAGACUCGCUGGAAGAUCGCUCUGUAAAGGCGGCGAAGGGAAUGAGGACAUUGGAUCAGGUAGGCAAGUUUCGGCGUUGUGGCGCAGAAACUAGAUCUGGACAAAGGAAAACAAGGCUUGCAGAGGACGAUCGAAGGUGUGGAAAGACGGCUGCGAUCAGCUUCAAGUUUCGCCUCGGACCUCGACCCGCGAGAUCGGAUGGCGCCACCUAGCUGAACAGGUGUCGCUGGUUGUAUGUCUGUUCAAGCUGGGUAUAAAUGUAUGCCAGGGACAAGGCUAAGACGCUGUGCCUGUGCGUGGUGUUGAUGCUAACGCUGAAGCUCCGCAACGUGAGCAGCUGAAGCCUGAGAAGGUCGAGCUGACAGACGCAGUAUCACUGGCUGUGAACCCUGGUGCGAGGAACCAGUGUGACGUCGUGGCGGAGCCUGCAAACCAAGCUUUUAGCCUGCAACUUGGCUUCACAAACAAGCAUCUGCCCCUGGAUCCGCAAUUCAACUUGCUGGGCCCUGACAUCGUCACCUUUAACUGCCUCAUCUCCGGCAACGCAUGUACGGCAGGAAUGUCAGCUCAGCACUAGGCAUAUAAUGGCCGCCGCGGAUAAGUUCGGCGUCAUUGACUCUCAAAGGAUGUGGGCAAAGUGUAAGACAGUGAGACGCUCUGUUUCUUGAAAGUUCCUGACCGCCCUGUUGGUGAAUUCAUUCGGGUUGGUGCCAUAGUAGAACUUUAGUGGGAGGGCGGUUAGUGGCGCUUGACAGAUGAACUCUCCAGGGCUGCUUCAAUCUGUAGGUAAGAUCCAUACAACGGCAGUGCACAGGGUGCCAAUGUCAAACAGCACAGCCACCGCCUGUUGGUUCAACUUCAAGUUGUUUGCAUAUCGAUCCCCAUGCCGCAUCACGAACAGUUUCAGACUUUGAG